AUGUCAGCCCUCAUUAGAGCAGCAGUCCCCAGAGUUGCAAGAAUCUCAUUGGCAUCGAGAUUAGCAUUGAGAUGUUACGCUUCCUAUCCAGCUCAUACCGUUAUCGGUAUGCCAGCUCUAUCACCAACUAUGGCUCAAGGUAACUUGGCCCAAUGGUCAAAGAAAGAAGGUGAGCAAAUUGGUGCAGGUGAUGUUCUUGCAGAAAUUGAAACUGAUAAGGCAACCAUGGAUUUUGAAUUUCAAGACGAAGCUUAUUUAGCAAAAAUUUUAGUUCCUGAAGGUACCAAGGAUAUUCCUAUCGGUAAACCAAUUGCAGUCACUGUGGAAGACGGUGGUGAUGUUGACGCAUUCAAGGACUUCAAAGUGGAAGAAUCAGCUCCAAAGGAGGAACCAAAGAAGGAAGAACCAAAGAAGGAGGAAUCUUCAGCUGAUGCUAAACCAACACCAGCACCUUCUCAAAGCGCUUCAAAGGUCGCUGCCCCACCAACUGACAGAAUUGUUGCAUCCCCAUUGGCCAAGACUAUCGCUUUGGACAAGGGUAUCUCUUUGAAGAGCGUGAAUGGUACCGGUCCUAAUGGUAGAAUCACAGCCAGCGAUGUGGAAGCAUUCUUGUCCAAGGCUCCUGCUGCUGGUGCAGGUGGUGCUGCCGGUGCUUCCUCUGCAUCCGGUGCUGCUACUGAGACUUACGAGGAUGAGCCAAUUUCUAACAUGAGAUCUAUCAUCGGUAGACGUCUAUUGGAAUCCACUCAAUCAAUUCCUUCAUACAUUGUUUCCUCUGAUAUUUCUGUAUCCAAAUUGUUGAAAUUGAGAAAAUCCCUAAAUGCUUCCGCUAAAGAUCAAUACAAACUAUCUAUUAAUGACAUUUUGAUCAAGGCUAUUACCGUUGCCGCAAGACGUGUUCCUGAUGCUAAUGCCUACUGGUUGCAAGAUCAAGGUAUCAUUAGAUCUUUUAAGAAUGUCGAUGUUUCCGUUGCAGUUGCCACUCCAACCGGUCUAUUGACUCCAAUUAUCAAGAACGCCGAAUCUAAGGGUUUGGUUUCCAUCUCUGGUGAAGUUAAAGAAAAGGUUGCUCGUGCAAAGAUUAACAAAUUGAAACCAGAAGAAUUCCAAGGUGGUACCAUCUGUAUCUCUAACAUGGGUAUGAACAACGCUGUUUCUUUGUUUACUUCCAUUAUUAACCCACCACAAUCUACUAUCUUGGCUGUUUCUACCGUUAAAAGAGUUGCUGUGGAAGAUGCUGGCGCUGAAAAUGGUAUCUCUUUCGAUGACCAAAUGACUAUCACUGGUACUUUUGAUCACAGAACCAUCGAUGGUGCUAAAGGUGGUGAAUUCAUGAGACAAUUGAAGAAUGUCGUUGAGAACCCAUUGGAACUGCUAUUGUAA